UUUACGCACGGGGCGGGCCUUUCAUUCAUCCAAGUUGGGGGUGUAGGCCACUCAGUCAGAGACAAUCACAGAUGUUUGAGUUUCCAUGCGCAGUGACCAGGGAGGUACAGCACACAGCAGUUCCCCUCCUCCUUCUCCACUUCUGACCACACCGGCCUCCACACACCGCAGGGGUUGGUUUUUUUUUUUUUCAAAUAUCACAUCUGAUCACAUCUCAAUCUUCUCUAUCGGAGGGCGAAGUGGUCAUGAGAUGCGAUUCGUUCUCGUCGAAGGACAGAAGGAAGAACUAGAUACGACCUGUUGGCGGUGAUGGAUUUCUCCAAGGCGCAAAUGUCUAGCCUAUCUGAAGAGGGCGGGCCUGCCGGCUUCCCUCAGUCCAGUCCUGUUGGAGUGAAGUUAGAAGCAGUGAUGGAGCAUCUGCAGAGACAACAAGGAGCCAAACUGGACAUGAACUUGCAGGAGAAACAUUUCCAGGCUCAGCUGCUGUUUGCCCAGCGCACUGCAGCGGCGGCGGCCGCAGCCAGAGCCUCCGGAGCUUCUCUGGACUCUGUGUUGUUUGGCAAAGCAGACGGACAGGCCUAUCAACAAGCUCAGCAAGUGUUGAAGAGCCAUCUCAGCAGAAUGAACCCAGAGGAGGAGGACGACACGGACGAUGAGGAGCAGGACCUGAUGGACAGUGACAGGGAGGAGGAGGACGAUGAAGAUGACGACGAGGAGGAGGAGAAUGUGAACGUGAACGGAUUCCAUCAACCAACAAAGAAGUCCAGACUCCUGCCACCUCCUGGUUUCCCCUUCUCCCUGUAUUCAACGCCUCAGUCCACCUCUGUGAAACACAUGGCUGAAACUCCUUCUCCAGCAGUGAAGCAGGAGCACGAGGAGAAAGACAUCCUGUCUCCUGUCUCUGCAGGUCAACAUGCCUUCAUAUCGCCCAACGGUCUGACCGACUGGGGCUACGAUGAGCCAAUAAAACAGCGAGGAAGUGGUGUCUGGAGUGACGAGAACGACGGAGGGAAAGUCAAAGGAGAACCAUCCAGGGACUUCGCCAAGCUGUAUGAACUAGAUAGUGAUCCACAGCGGAAGGAGUUUCUGGAUGAGCUCUUUGUUUUUAUGCAGAAACGAGGAACUCCUGUGAACAGAAUCCCCAUCAUGGCAAAACAAGUGCUGGACCUGUACCGACUUUUUAGGCUGGUGACGGAGAAGGGAGGUCUGGUGGAGGUCAUUAACAAGAAGAUCUGGAGGGAAAUCACCAAAGGUCUCAACCUGCCAACGUCAAUCACCAGUGCUGCUUUCACACUGCGCACUCAGUAUAUGAAGUACCUGUAUCCGUUCGAGUGUGAGAAGAAGCAGCUGAGUUCUCCUGGUGAGCUGCAGGCUGCCAUCGAUAGUAACCGCAGGGAAGGGCGACGCCCCAGCUACACCAACAGCCUGUAUCGCUACUCUCCAUCUCCAGGAUCUGCUCCACACGCACACCUCGCCUCUCCCACCAUACAAACCACUCCAACUUUACAAAACAACCUGAAUGCCUCAGCCAGCCCAAAUCUAAAGAGAAAUGCAGAUGAGACUACACCUGUGAUGCCUGGCCGUUUGCCCAUGGCUCUGGCUUUCGGGCAGCAGCAGCAGCAGCAGCAGCAGCAACUGGCCCAAGCUGCCACACUGGAACAUCUUAGAGAAAGACUGGAGCGAGGAGCUGCAGGAGCAGCCAGUGACACUCCAGAGAAGAAAAUGAUGCGUCUGGCGGAGGAGCAACAGCGACUCAUGCAGCAGGCGCUCCAACAAAACCUCCUGGCCAUGGCCUCUCACUUCAACCCAAUGAACCUCAAACUCAACAAUGGCCACGAGAGCAAACAGGAUUUGUCUCUGAGUAUCUCCACAAAUGGAGCAACGAGCAUCAGUGUGUCUGUGGAGGUCAACGGUACCACCUACUCAGGAACGCUGUUCGCACAGAAAUCUGCAGCUCCUGUGACGUCUCAGGCGGUCACUCUGGCUGGAACCAGUGGUUUCAGUGCCCUCUCCUCCUCCCACAGCCCCACGUCCUCCUCCUCCGCCUCUUCCAAAGGACCACAUUAGGGCCUUUGUUAGCUGUUGAAUCUGUUACAGUCUCUUCAAAUCUACUACACAGUAUUCAUCCAAUGUCACACAGGAUUCCUAUGAAGGCUGCAGGGAAAAUCAGCUGCAACAACAAUCUCUCAGUCUUAGCUUUGACAAUGAACCGUGCUCUAAAUGAUUAACAGGAUGUUGUUGUUUUGACCGUAAACACGUCCAGAGUAACUAUAGUAAACAUGUGGGUCACAGUUUACCUCAGUGCCUGUCCAAAAGCCUUUUGUGAUCUGCAGGUGUUUGUGUCUUUUAAAUGGAUUCUUUUCCAAGUGUCUUUACAGCAGAAAACGCACAAGUUCACCAACUCCAUCCUCCCACAGUUAAAACGCGAUAUGUACUGACUCUGUAGCUGCCAUUUCUCCACAUCACUUAACAGUAUGGUCGCCAAAGUGCAGCUAGUGAAGACCAAAAAGCUGAAGCUCAGUUCUGAUCUCCUGCUAAUAGUUUUACUGAUUUGAUGAGUUAUUUUAAAUUCAUGCUGAUACAUUUUGGUUGCAUUUUAAGGGAAGUUCACAGUUGGUCAGCUUUCCUGUUUAUCAAAUGGAAUGACAAGAACUUGGUCAUUAGUUGGUUAGUUCUGAUGGAUUUUUUUUCUUUUUACAUAUAUUUUCCUCUUUUUUUUAUUUAAAUAAUUUGGCCUGAACAGCAAAACUUGUAUUUGAUGUCAGUUGUGAGAUGAAUAUGUAGGAGACACAUUUUCUUUUGCUUAGAAAAGGCGAUCUAUAUCUAUAUAUAUAUAUAUAAAAAUACCUCAUUUCAUUCCCAGGUUUUGUACAUUUCUUGGGAAUUUCUUCUGGACUCAGGAAUGUCCUUUGGACUUAUCAGUGCUAUACUCCUCCCAAUAUGACUGUGUUGUAUUUGUUUAAACACAAAGAAUGUAUCAGUAAAUACCUCAAGCCUUUGACAAGUGAACACUGAAACAGUGCUACCUCACUCCUCUAGAUAAAUAUGCAAAUAUUAGUGCUUGAUGCAGCAUGUGUUGGUUUAGCCAUCUGCUGAAAUAUAAUAUAUGUGGACAAUCAUUAAAACCUAUCAUUUACAAACUUGUCACUGUGAACUUACAUUCUGUUAUAAAAACUAGAAUCAACUUUGGUGUUUAAGUCUGUUUUGGUCUUUGAUUAAUGUAUUCCUUGGACUUGUGGCCAUGAAGAAUAAAGCAAUCAUGUGUGCUGUAGAAAAAUGUCACGUUUGUCUUUUCUAUUUACGAUAAUACAACCGUAACUGAACUAAUAACAGAAACUCC